AUGAAUUCUGAUAUAUUAAACGUUGAUAAUCAUGUAUUAGUUGAUAAUGCUAUUGUUGAUUGUCAAAUAUUUGAUCAUCCUCCGUAUGCUAAUACAACCUAUAAUAAUUCGGAUGAAAUACGUAUACCACUCCAAACAAAAGAUAUUUAUACAUUACCUUCAAAGAGUUACUUAUACAUUGAAGGACGUUUGACAGACUCUGAGGGAAAAGAAAGUGCAACAUUAAAUUUUGUUAAUAACGGUUUAGCACAUCUUUUUGAUGAAAUUCGUUUUGAAAUUGGUGGAUGUGUUAUAGACCGAGUUCGCAACCCUGGUAUUACAUCAACAUUAAAGGGUUAUAUUUCAUUUACUGAGAGUGAAUCCAAUAGAUUAAACGCUUCGGGUUGGAAUCCUACUUUAACACCACAAAUUGUAGAUAGUCAAGGAUAUUUUAAUGUUUGUAUACCGUUAAGAAUGUUGCUAGGCUUUUUUGAAGAUUAUAAAAAAAUUAUCAUAAACAUACGACAAGAACUUGUAUUGAUUCGAAGUUCUACAGAUCUGAAUGCUAUAAUUUCAACAAAAGCAAAUGAAAAACCAAAAAUUGAAUUGACAAAAAUGUUCUGGAAACUUCAUCAUGUGCAAGUCUCUGAUAUUGAAAAACUACGUUUAAUUAAUCAUAUGGAUGCCGGAAAAAAAUUAGAACUUGACUUUCGCAGUUGGGAACUUCAUGAAUAUCCGUUACUACAACAAUCAACGAGACAUACAUGGAAUAUAAAAACAACCAAUUCAGUUGAAAAACCUCGUUAUGUUAUUGUGGGUUUUCAAACUAAUAAGAAAAACGAUGCAUCAAAAAACAUGAGUCGAUUUGAUCACUGUAAUUUAACGAAUAUGAAAUUAUAUUUAAAUUCACAAAUGUAUCCGUAUACAAAUUUAAAUUUAAAUUUUGAAAAAAAUAUAUAUGCUAUUCUCUAUGAAAUGUAUGCUAAUUUUCAAGAAAACUAUUAUUAUAAAGAUAUUGGAGAACCAUGUCUCUCCAAUUUAAAAUUUCGUGAUUUAGCUACAAUAACAGUCAUCGAUUGCAGUAAUCAAAAUGAUUCAUUAAAAUCAGGUAGUGUUGACAUUCGAUUAGAAUUUGAAACAAGUAAAAACAUAUCAGCAAAUACUACAGCUUUUUGUUUAAUUAUACAUGAUAAAAGUAUUAAAUAUAAUCCUCUAACCAACGUUGUUUCAAAUUUUUAA